AUGCAACUUUACAAGUGGGAAUGGCCUGGGAGCACUCGUAAAUGGCGAAAGCAGCAAAAAACAGGUAAGGCACGCAUUGGAUGGAAGAAAUCACCCGGCAAAUACCUUGGCGUCUUUGCGCACCCUAUACGACCAAUUGACCACCGGACGAAGAUUCAGCGCAGGGUGCUCUGGGUUGGACUCAAGGUUAUGCUGUCGGUGAAAUUCACCCAAUCUCAAAUAAACUUGGUGGAUUCGUUCCUCAUGAAGUCCCAUAAGACCAAGUACGCCGUUGAUAGUCUUCGACGUAUCUUAGGAAAUAACUGCAAUUCCGCGCUGCUCGUUUUUUGUGGUAAUAGCGAUGCUAACGAGAACUUCAGGUGGGCAACAGCAAACAUACCGGGUGUCAGGAUUGAGACCGUUGAGGGGGUGAACGUGUACAACCUCCUGAAAUACAGACAGCUGGUUUUAACGGAAGCCGCACUCAAGAAGCUUAUACAUCUCAUAGAGGAGUACCCGCGUAAAAUGGACUGGUUACCGAGAUUCGCGACUCCGAACAACACCCCCGCACCUAUUCCGGAAAAGGUGAAAGGCUGGAACAAAGUGUGGAGAGAAAGUAGAAUGGGCAGAAAACUUGCUUCACAAUGCAAGGAGCAAUGGCUGGAACAGGUAAAAAAUUGGAAAUGGUCAUCAGAACCUAAGGGCGCGCUGAAAGUGCCACGUCACGAUCCUUUAGAAGCUUUUAGAUUGGUGCACAUCUCACACGAUGCAACCCAAGACGCUAAAGUACGCUUCCAGUAUCUGUACGACUCCUUAUACGAUCCAACGGAAACACUGACCAUUGACAAUGAUGAAAUGGACGACACAUACGAUUCGACCUUAUCAAAACAUUAA